UGCCCUCCUCGCGCGCUAGACGAAGACAUUGCAUUUCUAAAUCCGACGCAAUCGCAUGAGCCGCGUUCGGUUGUUAUUUCGGGACAUAAUAAAGAUACAGGACUUUCUCUGCUGUUCGAGAGAAUAAACGCGAAUUGCGCAGGGUCCGAAUUUCAACAACAUAUCGCUGGAGUUCGCCGUUACAAGACAGAAUCAACGGAGAGGUCACCUCAUAUAAAAAUCUGUGGAGACCUCCGUGGAAGAUGGGCUCUCUUUCCGCUAUAUCCAUUCUCCUUGUGGGAAUAGUUGUUGUCCCAGCGCUGGCCAGAAAAAUUGAGGCACUUCCUGCCAAUGCGGUGUUUGCGGUGGCCGAGCCCCAGGUGGCCAUGUUCUGCGGGAAGCUCAACAUGCACGUGAACGUCCAGACAGGUCGCUGGGAGCCGGACCCCUCCGGAACCAAGAGCUGCGCAGGAACCAAGGAGGGCGUGCUGCAGUACUGCCAAGAGAUGUACCCUGAGUUGCAGAUCACAAAUGUGGUGGAGGCUAACCAGCAGAUGAAGAUUGACAACUGGUGCCGGACGGGGAAGAAGCAGUGCAAGGGACACUCCCACAUCGUGGUGCCAUACAAAUGCCUAGUGGGGGACUUUGUGAGCGACGUCCUGCUGGUCCCUGAGAGAUGCAAGUUCUUCCACAAGGAGCGCAUGGACAUGUGCGUGAGCCACCAGCAGUGGCAUGGCGUGGCCAAGGAGGCCUGUGUCAAGGCCAGCAUGAUGCUGCACAGCUACGGCAUGCUGUUGCCCUGUGGCAUCGACAAGUUCCACGGCACAGAGUACGUGUGCUGCCCGCCCUUCCGGCCCGAGGAGCCCGCGCCAGCCGCCCUUCCCGCUGAGGUAGAGGAGGACGAGGAGGAGGAAGUAGACUACUUGGCCCUGGAGGAGAGCAAACCACAGGACCCCGAGCCUGUGGAAGCCAGUGAGGCUCCUGCCAACGAGCAGCCCACACAGAGGGAGGAGGAGACCGUACCUGCAGUUGAGGAGGAGGAAGAGGAGGAGGAUGACGAUGAGGAGGAGGAUGAGGAGAUUGAUUACAACUACGGCUAUGAAGACCUGGAGGACGAGCGCGACAGCCAGGAGAAGCAGGAGAAGAAGGAGACGUUUGCUGGGGAACCAGAUGACGAUGACGUAGAUGAGGAUGACGAUGAUGAGACUGAGGACGACAAAACUCUUAAGGCCGUUUGCUCUCUGGAGGCUGAGACUGGCCCCUGCCGCGCCUCCAUGCCGCGCUGGGUCUUCGACACACGCCAGAGGAAGUGCGUGCGCUUCAUCUACGGAGGCUGCGGCGGCAACCGCAACAAUUUCGACACGGAGGAGUACUGCAUGAACAUAUGCCGGCGCCUGAUCACACCCCCCACGCCCCAGCCCACCGAUGAUGUGGACGUGUACUUUGAGACGCCCGCUGACGACAAGGAGCACAGCCGCUUCCAGAGGGCCAAGGAGCAGCUGGAGAUUCGCCACCGUAACCGCAUGGAGAAGGUGAGGAAGGAGUGGGAAGACGCUGAGCGUCAGGCUAAGAACCUGCCCAAGGUGGAGAGGCAGAACCUCAUUCAGCAUUUCCAGACCAUGGUGGAGUCCCUGGAGGAGCAGGCGGCCAGCGAGAAGCAGCAGCUGGUGGAGACCCACCUGGCGCGCGUGGAGGCCAUGCUCAACGACCGCCGCCGCCUGGCCCUGGAGAACUACCUGGCAGCACUGCAGGCAGACCCACCCAAGCCCCACCGCAUUCUGCAGGCCCUGAAGAGGUACGUGCGUGCCGAGAAUAAGGAUCGCCAGCACACCAUCCGGCAUUACCAGCACGUCGUGGCUGUGGACCCGGAGAAGGCUGCCCAGAUGAAGUCCCAGGUGAUGACACACCUGCGUGUGAUCGAGGAGAGGAUGAAUCAGAGCCUGUCACUGCUCUACAAGGUCCCCUACGUGGCCGACGAGAUCCAGGACGAAAUUGAUGAGCUUCUCCAGGAGCAGAAGGCUGACAUGGACCAGUUCCUGCCCCCUGUGUCAGAGCAGGACGUGACCAUGUCGUCAGAGGAGAGCGAGGAGGUGCCCAACUUCGACGGCAAGCCCUUCCGCCCCUUCCAGGUCAACUCCCUGGGAUCCCACCCCGAGGCCGAGGGCUCUGGCAUGUCUGGGCUAGAUGGCUUGAUCGGCGCUGAGGAGCGUAUCAUCAACAGCAAGGGCAACAAGGUUGACAAAGUGGUGAUUGAUGAAUCUCGGGAUUUUAAGGAAGUGAUUUACAGUGCAGAGAAAAUCAACGUUUUGCAUGAUGAUGAUAUGGAAACAUUCCGUCCUCUGGGUGAGGACUUCAGCUUUGGAAGCAGUGCUCUGAUUGGCCUGCUGGUCAUCGCCGUGGCGAUCGCCACAGUCAUCGUCAUCAGCCUGGUGCUGCUGAGGAAGAGGCAGUACGGCACCAUCAGCCACGGCAUUGUGGAGGUGGACCCCAUGCUCACUCCCGAGGAACGCCACCUUAGCAAGAUGCAGAACCACGGGUACGAGAACCCCACCUACAAAUACCUGGAGCAGAUGCAGGUUUAGUUUGGGAGAUGUGCAUCGCGCUGUGGAGGAGGAGGAGGAGGAGGAGGAGGAGGAGGAGGAGGAGGAGGAGUGAGGCUGUGGAAAGGGGGAACAUACUACUGACCAAUAACAAAACUGCUCUUGUCAAAAUCAUUUCAUGCAUCGGAAAUGACUAUUCUGGUCCAUUUAAAAACCGUUCUUAGAUAAAUGCUACUACUUCUACUGUUGUAUCAUUGAACUAUGUUUCACUCUUUUACUUUUAUCUAUUGAACGUCGGUGUAUCUGAGGUUAUAAUUUUUACGAAAAAAAAAUGUGAUUCUGCAAAAAUUCUCUGUAAUUACAUGACACAAAACAUAUCUGAGAUUUAGAUGCAUUGCUAUCUUGUUUUCAAUGUUUUGUUUCCUCUCAUUUGUAUAAACGUAAAUCAGACAUGACAAGAUUUGACGACGUGAAAUAUUACUUACAUGAGAAACAAUCAACAGCAAGACAUUUGCCUGUUUUCUGUAAAAAAUAAUAAUGUCUCCUCAGAUGUACCGCUGGUGGUCAAACUCAUUCAGAAGGUCUUUUUUCCUUUUCGAUAGAUUGCUUGUAUAUGAAGAUUCUUUGUACCGACCUAAAUGUAUAGUGAAAGAAAUGAGAAAAUAUGAUAAGAAAAAUCACUGAAUUCGUUUACUUUUGUUUUUUUUUAUUAUUAUAAACAAAACUAUCUAUCUGUCUGUCUAUACAUAUAUAAAUGUAUAUGGAAAAAGUAGGUGUUUUCUUCAACUUGGUUCUUGUUUUUGCAGAGCUAGAAGUGCUGGCUGAGGUACUGAUGUGGUAUUGAUGGUGUGUGUGCCCUAAGUUAUGUGGGUCACAUAAGGUCUGCUGAGAGGGAAGAGCCAUGAGAAGUUGUUAUGCAUAAGGGUUCGGGCCUCCAGUCUUCCAUUAAAACACAUUUUCUGUCAUUUUUAAUGUAUAAAGAUCUCUCCUCAUGUCACACUCACAAAGAUGGACACUGACCUGAGAUCAUUUCCAGAGGGGGGGAAACUGAGCAAACAUAUCAAUCAAGGGGAUUCCCCCCGACAACACGGAAAUUUGUACUGUAGUACAACACACACACACACACACACACACACACACACACACACACACACACACACACACACACACACACACACACACACACACACACACACACACACAGGCAUGCACACAUAUCUGAAUGUCCAAGUGUUUAUUCAACAUUUGCUUGUUAGAUGUUUGCUGGGGGUCAGUGAUUCCAUGUUGCUUUCUCUGCUAUUCUUAGCUGUAGGUAAGGACAGAGACUGUGUAAUUUACCCCAGCCAAAUGGAAAAAAUGGCCAACAUAAAUGUGGAUAAACCCCCUUUUUAAAGCGAAGUAACAUUUCUUGGUUUUACACUUUAUUACCCUAAACACUCCUCCUCACAACGACAAGGCUGGAGGCCUGGACGAGACCCGAGCUUUACUGAUUGUUCUGAACGACUGAAAGUGUGUAUAUUUAUGCAGUGCGAGGAUGCACAGAAAGAGUUAAAAUCAUUGAAAAAUCAUUUUUUUCCUCUCCUAGUAAAUGUCUUUGUAUGCUUGUAUAGUUGAUGUUGCAAUCAUGACUUUUAUGGAGGGCAGCCUGUGGUGUGCAUUGUUCUUUUAUGAAAUGAUAUAUAUUUUUAAGUUCUCUUUUUUCUAUUUUUUUCCCCUUCUCUUCCUGUGACAGUAUCUCUGUAUGUGACUGUCUCACUAUGCACCCAAAAUGGCUUCGAUCUUGAAUCUUGUAAUUGCCUGUUUGAUGAAUUGGCUUAAUGAGUGACAACUAAUCUAAUGGGAUUACAUCAGUUGAGAUAUAUCUGGACUCCAGUUUAAAUUUAUUUGGUUGCAGGGGGAAAAACACAUCAAUAAAACUCACUACUUCCA